UUUGGCUUGUAUGAAAUGUUAUUCAUAAUUCAGAUACAUAUUUCUGUUUUUCUUUUAACAGGGGUUACUCCAGGUUUCCAGAUUGCUGAUGAUUUCGAGCCAGAGUAUCUGUAUAAUGCCAGUAUAGAUCUACUCACUCAGGCCAUGCACAGCUAUGCUCAUGCUGCUCAAUAUUACAUGCAGGACCAGCAACUGGCAACAGCUGUUGAGUACAGUCGUCAUGCUGAACUUGUAGCACUACAAACAGCCCAUGUUAGAAGAAGUGCUACUGGCUCAUCUUUGAGGCUCCUUAGGCUGACCCCUGCAGCAGUAAAAUAUAUAACCACAAGACUUCUUAGUGUGUGUGAAGCUCAGCUGGUGGGACGUGCCUAUAGCUUUACUGUGGACUGGGGCACAGCUCUCUACCAACAAUAUGUUAAGAAUGGUGAUGAAUCAUAUCUUACUGAUUAUCUGGCCACUUUUAAACUUUCUCCGGAAAUCAUGCUCGAGGUAGUGAAGAAAUUGGAACAUGAUGGUAUAACAAAGGACCGUCGAGUACGGGUAGCAUCCAUGCUGGUUCAUGUUGAAGAAUCUGAUAUAGUUUAUCGAGUAGCAAGUCAGCUUGGUCUCAAAAGUACUAUAGAUAAAUGUCUAGCUUCAGCUUAUGUGCCAUAUCUUAAAGAUACUAUUUUUGUAAAGGGAUGUACUUUCAAUGAUUGAAAAGGAUAGCUAUUUAACCAUACUGUAGUUACCCUACUAAUUCAUCUGUUUACAAUGUAAGGGAAGAUAUUAUCAGUAAUAGUAAAACUGUACCAUUUUA